AGACACGGAGAGUACUGUAGCAAGCUUUCGUCUACGUAGAUGACAAUUCUACUAUCACUGACGGAACACGUAAAUUUGAUGGCAUUGGGAUUUGAAGAACGUUCAUGGUCCAAUUGCGAUUUCGCACUGACAUCGGCUGGACACAUUGAUUCAACCAGUGCUAAAGCUGACCAGGUUCGUUUGAGAAGAAAAUUUUCCUUCUUCUUUCUCCUAAGCUCAUUUGACUCAGCCCCUAGUGCAUCUGUUGCCUGCCGCCGAUUCGCUAUUAGAAACGGUAGUGCACUACUGAGGUUUCCGCGAGCUUCGAGACUUCGUCUCGCAGCAGAAUGCAGCCUAGAAAUUCUGUCUUCAGAUCUAGCUGCUUCAACAUUCUUUUUCUGCUUUUGAUCAAUACCGUUGAUGCGAUUCGCUGGUACACCACAAAUAACAUCACCAUCUUCUGAUACGAGAUCAUAUUUAGUGUCUUCGUCUGAAAUGUCGAUAGCCACGAUGGUAUACAAAGCCCAUGACGAUGAUUUGACGUCGCUUUCCACGAGCGCUCCGAUAACAUUAAAUGUAUCAUCCGAUUUUGUAUCGACUAAAGACUCGUCGAUUUGUCCAACCAUGCCUUCGGCAAGAAAUUGCUCCAUAUCAAAUGCUGACUUUCCGUGUGAACACUCACGAUGGACAACCAAAAACUUCCUCGUGGAGAGAAUCAACUUUGUUGUGGUGAGCUCGUAUUCCAAACAAGCAAAAUCUUCACCUUUUCUGAAGUCGUUGAAGUCUCCGUCAAAGCUUUUCACGACACCAGAAGCAUAGCGCACACAAUGGAAUCCAGAUUUCUCGUUGUAAGAUUCAAUCUUUGCAAUACGCCAUACAUUUUCAUUAGAAGAAAGUGAGCGUUCCAAAAUAAUUGACGAAUCAUUCGCUAGCUUUUGACAAAAGUCAAUAUAGUGCGGAUGAGUAUUCGAUGAAGCUUUGAGAAUUUGAUUCGAGAGGUCGUGUACUGACACCAGAGGUUCACAAAAAAUCGUGACAUCGCGGUCAGGUUGUUUUUUCUCACACUUCGAGUGUCGCAGUUGUGUAAGUCGUAGCUUGAUUGGUUGCUUGAGUGAUCGAAGAUCACUUGGAGAUACGCGACUCUUCUUUUUGUAUUUAUCUACCUCCAAAGUUUUCACUUCUUCGUGCAACGCAAGCACUUGGUGCAAACGCCGAAGUAUUUCUGGAAGUUGCUUCACUGGAACUUUUACAUUUUUCUGAUAGGACGGGUUUUCAUCGUGUUCUUCGUGUUCGUCAUCAUUGACGUUGUACUCAUGAUGAUCCUCGUCCGUAUCAUUAUCGAUCAGCCCAUCUUUCCAACCAUCAUGUGAGGUAGAGUCAUACACCAGAGACUUCAAUAUUUCUUUUGCAAAUAGUAGUCGUUCUUCUCCGUUUGCGUCCUUUUUUACUUCGUUGUCAGGAAAUCGUAUGUCCGCUACACGUGGUUUCUUGGGUCGACGCCCUAACAUAUCCUCGUUGCACAGGGCCUUACCCAUAAGCGUCGCAUGAAGAGCUGGCAAGAUUACCAUAAAAAAUUGAUAGAUUGUAAUGCGUCCUUUCUCGCUUAACAUGCGAGCCAAAACUUGAAUUGAGUCUGGAUCUUGUUGCAAAAGUUUGAUUGACAAGGUAUUGACCUCCGAUGUGUUGUCCAUCAGCUUCAGAUUUUCUAGCAUGCGACUUGACCAUUCACUUCCGUCUUCUUUCAAACCGUCGUCGAUGCGACCAAAUAUUCUCUGGCACCUGGAUGAAAAUUGUCUGACAUAUUUCCAUUUCAGAAUACCUCCUUCGGCCUUGUCCGUACAACUUUCACACGCGUCCCAAUCACAUUUCCUGCAACCAUGCAUAAUGGCACCACACUCUACACCCACACCGCACAGAUCGCAACGGAAAGAAGAAUGCUUCGUGACAUGCAACUUUGCACGAUGUUUCUGUGGACAAAAAGUAACCUCAUGCCCGGACAAGAUAUCUUUCUCAGAUUUAUCCUCCGCUAGACUUCUUUUUGCAAGUCUCGAAGAUAUCUCAGUCAAACGAUUCAACGCUAGCGCAUCAUGAGAAUAAAUAAGUUCAGUGAAC